ACUAGCAGCGACCAUGCCCAUUGAGCUCUAUCGAUAAGUGAGCCAAUUGCUUCGUAGGGUAGGUACCUGCAGGCACGUCUCUCGAUUAAAACAAAAAUGCGAAUUGCCUAUUGACCUCAUUAAUCUGCUCUAUUGAAAAUAUUUGUGGCUGGUUUUUACAAUUAGUUAUUCUUUAAUUUUAAUUAUUACGUUCUUCAACUACUGCUCAAGUCAGAAAUUGAAAAUCACGCUACUUUUACAAGUGCGGUCUGGCCCUUCGCCACGGCUUCUGUGUCUGGAACUUAUUCCUUCCAACAACCUCUCCAUCACGAAGGCCAUCAUUUCCUAUCGCGAUGAACAUCGACGAAUCAGAUCCUCAACAUGAAGAAGUAUGGGACGACUCACUCCUGAUUGACUCCUGGAACCAGGCUCUGCAGGAAUACAAGAAAUACCACAGCAUACACACAAAAGGCGGCAGCAUCCGAGAUUUAGAACAAGCCGAGGCUGGUUCGUCCAAAGUAGAUGAACCUCUCAAAGCAGACGAGUCGGUCAAUGAGCCGUCACAAAACCACCACGAGGACCCGCCUAGCAACGAUACUGCAGCAGCAGAUAAUACUGAACAGAACAACAAGCAGCCUGGUCACAAUUUGAACCCCAUACCCUCUGCCUUCCCGUCUCAGGCAAUACUUGGGACAGUUCGCGAUGAUAAUCUGAAGAAGCUUCUCAUGUCCUGGUACUACGCGGGCUACUACACUGGGCUAUUUGAGGGACAGCAGCAGGGACAGCAGCAGGGACAGCAGCAGGGACAGCAGCAGGGACAGCAGCAGCAACAGCCUGGACCUCAGUGAGCGAGCUGGACCCAUCAGCGACGACUAAAUUGAUCGCGGGGAGAAGAAGGCUGCGCCACAGUUGAAGUGCAAAAUGCUGUGGAAGCCCUGCGACCACUCACGUUUUAUUCCCCUGCUAGUCCCAUUGGCCGAAGCGACUCCAGGCCCCACGCCUCAGCGAAGCAGCGUGUAGGUGCAAUUCUAAUUUAUUGCAAUGCAUGGGUGUUUUGGCCCAGCACUGCCGAAUUCAGACACGCUGCGAGCUGGCAGUUAUCUACUGGAAGAUUUGUUUCAUAUGCUACGAAAUACUAGUGGCUGCACUUGUAAGGCAUCCGGAUCACCGCCACUAGAAUGACACAUUUGUUUGAUAUCAUCUGGAAAUAUCAUCUGGAACUGUCUUU